GUCCCCUCUGAGCUCUUUAUAAACGUACACAGGCUUUCGCAAUUUGCGCUGUUGUUGUCUGUGCAUUUCCAACGUACGUUGCAAACAUUCGUUUGUAUAACGCUACUACACGCUCAUCGUGCUUCUGGUACUCAGGUUUUGAACCUGAGAGGAAGACGAAGCACUAAUAUGCUCGGAUCAGAUCAGAGCAUAGCUAGCUUUAAACGACCUCAAUGCAACCUCGACAUCCUGUGCAACGUCAUGCGCUUCUUACGGUGGAAGAAGGACUUGCUGGCCAUGAUGCAGACUUGUCAAAGUCUUUAUCGAGCAGGAGUUCCACAACUACUUCGCAUGAUUGAGGUGUAUCUUCUGGAAAGGACUACAAAAGGUCCUCCCAAUCUCAUGAUUUCGUUUUGUCUCUUUAUCACACCCGACCUCCAUCUUCGCGGUUCGUUAGUUCACCAGCUCAAGCUACCAGAGCCUUGGGAUCCCGAACGAUAUGCAGACAUCAUCAAGACCUUUGCCAGUGUCGUACGGCAUUUAUCCAAUCUCAAGUUGUUCGAGAUUGAUGGCUGUGAAAGCUGGCUUCAUCUGGAUGACAGUCUCUUACCUGCGUUGUCCUCGCUUCAAAACCUCAAAGAGGUUCGUAUCACAUCGCGCGCAAAGCAGUAUCCCAACUCGUAUAACAUGGUUCAAUUUCUGCAAGAAAACUAUUCACCAGUUGAAUUCCUAAACGUCAGCCUAUCGUACGAUGGUGAUCGCCGCAAUCCGUUCCAACUGUUUCGCAACUUCUCCUCAACCCUACAGAUCCUCGAUUUCAAUACAGCUACCUUCUCCGUUGUUGAUGUCGUGUACCCUCGUCUGAAAACGUUCCUCCUGCACCUCUUAACCAUUGACGAAAUAGUGAUCGAGCCUUUCCUGGUGUCUUUGCCCAACCUCACUUCCUUGUCUUUGGGCUCCAUCCUUGGCUCAGCUAAUGGACAGGACAUCAACGAGCUGCGACGAGAUAAUAUCCAUGCCCAGCGAGCUCGAAAAUGGUCUCAGUUGGAUAUCAUAUGCGGAGAGGUGAUGGCCUUGUAUGUUCUCGGUUUACAGUGCCAUGUACACCACCUUAUGGAGCGAGGAUCUCCAUUACGUGAAUCGUCGCUGUGGAUGUGGGAGACGGUUGUUGAAGACACUCAACCCAAGGCAAUAACCCUUCGCGUUGGAUUCUGUAACUUUGACGUGGAUGAUGUCCCGCUUGUCGUGCCACCACGGGCAAGAGCCAAUGUUACUCAUCUCCAGCUCAACCUUGACUUCAAUUAUGCUGAAGUGGACAUUGACGAAGCUAUGGAGAGUACCUUCGUACUCCUUCGUUCUCUACCUCUUGUCUUUCUAAGGCUUGGUUUGGAAUGGACAGAUUUUGAUAGACAGGAUGAGGUCGACACUGAUCCCGUGCCAAUUUACAUCAACAAAAUCGAUGCAAAUCCGGAAGCCUUCGUUCACCGUAUUGCAGACUGUGUCUCUUCACUUAAGACUUUCUUAUUAACUACCUUUGUGUUGGACAGCUCAGGCACGUCGGUAUGGGAGGUCAGUUCGGUAGAUGGGAAAGUUAAAGUGGAAGGACCUCGACGGAAUCACUGGCAGGUCAUGAGGAGCGAAGGCAUGAUACCUCUUAAUUGGUUCGACUUACAACGUGAAUAGCAGUUCUGAGAUCAUUCAUAGUGUUUGGAUGCGAUAUCCGGACAUAUAGAAUGCUAAGAAACAUUUUCUCCAAGUUACGAAAUAUAGCUCAUGAAUUCGUUUCAUUGCUUCCUGUUUCCAAAGGUUGAACAAUAAUCGUGCAGGGAAUAUCGAUACUACUGUUUGCGACAUAAGCUCACAAUAAAUGUGCACAUGUGAGAUC